GAAUAAUGAAAUUGAAAUCUUUCUCGAAUAAGAAAUUAGCAAUGACCUCCUGUAGUUGCACGAAUUCACCCUGAAUCUCAUCUAUUAGUCACCGACUUCGAUUUUUUGGUACCCACCCUUAGCACUUCAUUGCCUGUAAGUUUUUGUUCCCCUUUUCUCUUAAGUUAUUUCGAUCAAUUUUUCCCUUGGUUCUUUAGGUUGAGAAUAUGAGAUUUUUGAGUUGUUUCUUCUGAGAUGUUGUGUUCUUCUGGGGGGUUUUGCGAGUUCCAAGUUAGCAAUAUAGUUCUAGUGGCACAAGCUUUUGGCUUCCCAGUUUAAUAUCUUAGAUGAUUAAGCUUCUGGCUUGAGAUUAAGUGAGCAGAGUCCAAUAUCUCCUUAAGACCGGACACGUUUAAAGGAGUGUGUUUUGAGAAGUGGAAUUUUUCUGGGUGUUGAUAACCCUUUAGAUUGUUGUGGAAGAGGUAUUGGUACUUUUCUUCAUUGUGAUGCUGGAUUUGGGGAUUCCUUUAUUUGCAAUAAAUCUUUGAGGGAAUCAGUUCAGGCAAAUUUGGAAUAUAUUCGCAUCAUUUGAUUGGAAUUUGUUUUUCCAAUCCUGCUGAAAAUUGCAUUUGCAUGAUAACAAAGUAAACGGUGUAGUGUUUCUGAAGAGCUUGGGUAUCUUUCUAAGAGAGAAAGAUGCAGCGUGUGCGUUUGUCAUCUCAACAGGCGCCAGUGCACAAGCUGGGAGAUCCUCAAAUGACCUUAUCCCCAAAAUUUAGGUUAGCUGUGGUCCAAUCUUCUCUAUCAAAUCCUUCACCAGAGUUAGAGUUUUCUCACUGCCAAGAACCCUUGAUUCCGGGCCUCCCUGAUGAUGUUGCGCUCAAUUGUCUUCUCCGGCUUCCAGUUCAGAGUCAUGCAACCUGUAAAGCAGUCUGCAAGCGAUGGCAUAUGCUUCUUGGUAGUAAAGAGAGAUUUUUUACCCACAGGAAGCAAUUGGGUUUGAAAGGCCCUUGGCUUUUUGUAUUUGCCUACCACAAGUGCACUGGAAAGAUCCAGUGGCAGGUUCUUGACCUCACCCACUUUUCUUGGCACUGCAUCCCUGCAAUGCCAUGUAAGGAUAAGGUUUGUCCCCAUGGUUUUAGGUGUAUUUCUAUUCCCCACGAAGGCGUUCUCUUUGUAUGUGGUGGAAUGGUCUCUGAUGUUGAUUGUCCCCUUGACUUGGUAGUGAAAUACGAGAUGCAUAAAAAUCGUUGGACUGUGAUGAAUAGAAUGAUUACUGCUAGGUCAUUUUUUGCCAGUGGAGUGAUUGAUGGGAUGAUUUAUGUGGCUGGGGGAAACAGUGCAGGCCUUUUUGAGCUUGAUUCUGCUGAGGUGUUGGACCCUCUCAAUGGUAGUUGGCGUUCUAUUGCCAGCAUGGGAACAAAUAUGGCAUCUUAUGAUGCUGCAGUGCUUAAUGGGAAGCUUCUGGUGACAGAAGGCUGGUUAUGGCCAUUUUAUGUCUCCCCUAGAGGUCAGAUCUAUGAUCCAAGAACGAAUAACUGGGAAAAUAUGGCUGUAGGACUUAGAGAAGGGUGGACAGGUUCAAGUGUUGUGGUUUAUGGGCACCUAUUUGUUGUUUCAGAGCUUGAAAGAAUGAAAGUUAAGGUUUAUGACACAGAAUCUGAUUCUUGGGAAGCCAUAGAAGGCCCCCCAUUGCCUGAGCAAAUAUGCAAACCUUUUGCUGUGAAUUCUUGUGAUUGCCAUAUUUAUGUUGUGGGCCGAAAUCUUCAUGUUGCAGUUGGUCAAAUCCUUAGACUGAACUCAAGGAAGGAUUGUACCAAAAAGUGGAGCUUUGGUGUUCGAUGGCAUGUGAUUGAUGCGCCAGAAAGUUUCUCUGAUCUGACUCCCUCAAGCUCUCAGGUGCUAUUUGCAUAGUUUUACACUGUUCUGGAAUGUUAUGGAUGUUGUUGAAUAAAAUGUAAUUAGAUAUAUUUACCAAAGGUCUGAAACUUAUAGUGGCUGUGUGGAGAAAUGUUUGUAGUAGUUAUUGAAAUGUAUUAAUGGUAAUAUCUUCUUUUAAUUUCUUUUAUGAUUUUA